AGAGGGAAGGCAGGGCCUUGUGCAUGCUGAGGAGGUGCUCUACCACUGAGCCACUCGUCCCAGCUCUGCCAUGUCUGCACAAGCCCACUCCUUCUGCCCCGACAACGGAUGAAAGAAAGUUCUUCUCCAGCUUGUCUACUAGUUUUGAAAACUAUAUGCAGGAGUUUCUAGCCUAGGAAUGAGCCCUUAGUGGUAUGUUGGGUUAACCACAAUGCUUGUGCCUCAUCCAAACUUAAGAAGGAAACAUCUGCAAUAGUUCCCACUAAGACUGUGUGUUCAGAGUACCAGGGUUCUAUUCCUGCCACUCCACACAGCAGUGUAAUAACAUCCUCAAAAGUCUAUUCUUUAUGGGGUUUUUGUUUUCAUUUUGAUUUUGUGGGGUUUUUUUUUUGGUUGGUUUUUAUUGUUUGUUGUUUUUUACAGUUUUAUUAUACAGAGUGUACAUAUCCUGUAGGUCAAUGUAAGAAAAUAAAUUUGAAAUCUGUUACAAGGCUCUGAGGUUAAAAACAUUUUCCUCCAAGCCCAGUGACCCAUGUUCAAUCCCUUACACCACCUGGGAGAAGGAGGCAGCCAAUCCUCCAGAUUAUUCUCAACCUCCACACACAUGCUGCAGUACACCCAGGCCUAGACACACAAAUGUAAAAUGAGUUAUGUAGUUUUUAAAAAGACAAAGGUCAAUGCAUAUAAGGCACUCACUGUACACUCAGUAGAUAAUGGUUCUGUUCAUUACUGGGGAGAUAUCCUUAGUCUGGUUUUCUAUGUAAAAGUGGGUCGCUGGGAGAAAUAAAAUUUGACUUUUUGAUGAUGCUUUGCUCUUAGAUCCUGGAAUCUGUAAUCAAGUCUACUCAAUAUGUUGUAAAUAUCUAUUGCUGAGGAUGACGUUUGAGAUCCUGUUCCUCCUGACACCAGCUCCACGGCAAUGUGUCCUGUGGUGGUUUAAAUGGGAAUGGCCUCCAUAGGCUCAGAUCUUUGAAUGCUUGGUUCCCAGUUGCUGAGACUGUUUGGGACGGAUUAGGAGGUGUGGCAUUAUUGGAGUAUAUGUGGCCUGAGUGUGAGCUUUGAGAUUUCAAUACACUCUGGGCAUUCCCAGUGUCUCUAUCUUUGCCUCAGGUUUGUGUCUCAAGUGUGACCUGUGACCUCCUGUACCAGCACCAUGCCUCUCUGCCUGCUCCCAUACUACCCACUGUGGUGGUCAUGACCUCUGACCCUUUGAAACUGUAAGCCCCAAAUCAAACACUGUUCUUGUAUGGUGCCUCAGUCAUGGUGUUUUUCAUAGCAACAGUAGAGUAACUAAGACAGACUACAUGCAUGUAUCUCCACACCUGGGCUUGUACAGAGCUGAGGAUCCACCCCAGGGCUCCAGGCUUGCUGGGCACCCUCCAUGCCAACUGAACCUCAUUCAGAGCUCUACACAUUUUCAACUUCUAAUUCAGGGGGAGUGAAGCAUUAUCACAGGUCUUAAUCCAAAUAUGAUGUCAAAUGGGGACUGCCUGGGCAAUUAAGGUGAGGGACUCCUGGAGGGGAGGCAAUGAGUAGGUCAGAUCAGCACUUUGAAAAGGACUCUAUCUGUUCAGCAGCACAAUGUAUAAUCUGAAGGAGACAAUGGGGCAGCCAGACAGCUCCCUAUGGAGCUUGCUCGUUUACCUGCUGUGAGUGUGGGGAAGUGUUUCUGCAUGGCUCUGCACAGGAAUCCUCCCCAUCCUGUCCCUGCUGUGUGGGAAAUCUUGAUUGCGAAUUGAGUUUCCUUUCUGUUCUCAUCCUGUAAGAGUCCAAGUCCAACUCCAGAGGAACACUCUAGUUCUGUCCUUCACCUUGUUUUUUCUUCCCCUGGGGCCACACCUGACACCCAAAGCAAAACCCAGCCAGGAUGCAGAGGAGCCCAAGGGAAGGCUUUCUUUCCCUCAGGGGUAGCUUUCCAGAGGGUCCGGAUCUUGUUAGGUGAAUCCGAACUGGAAAUUCCAGAGAAGCUUAAAAAAGGCAGUUAAGGGUGGGAGAGUUGAGGGUACACGCUCUCCAGAGAGAGCCAGUGCUGAUCUGAGGGCAACGCCUUCAUUCGGUGGAGCCGGGCAUGCUCAUGCGGAGGCAUGUCAUUGGUCUGUCCUUCCGUAGUUUCUCUUUCUUUUUCUGCGCUCAAACUUUCUUUUCUCUAGCUUGCAGUCGGAAACACUUUGAAGUUCUGGAUUGGUGCGUUAAUUCUCCGUGAUUUACAGCUUUCGGGUGUCUGAUGGUUGGUUGAGCAAUAUUAGGGGGCAGAGUUUGGAGGACUUUUGAAGAAAAACAUUGCUUUUGCUUGGGCACCUGAGCAGCAGGGUCAGAAGUCAGGACAGGCAGACACAGGAUCACAGCAACUAUGGCUUCAGAAUUCAUUGUGAAUUUAAAGGAGGAGGUGACCUGUCCUGUCUGUCUGGACCUCAUGGUGGAACCUGUGAGUACUGAUUGUGGUCACAGCUUCUGCCGAGCCUGCAUCACAUUGAACUGGGAGUCUAUUAAAGGAGAGUUCACCUGCCCUGUGUGCCGAGUGAGUUACCUGUUUGAGAAUCUGAGGCCUAAUCGACAUUUGGCCAAUAUAGUGGAGAGGAUCAAGGAGUUCAAGUCCAGCCCAGAGGAGGAGCAGAAGGUGUUUCAUUGUACAAGGCAUGGAGAGAAACUCCAGCUCUUCUGUGAGAAGGACAAGGUGGCCAUCUGCUGGCUUUGUGAGCGAUCUCAGGAGCACCGUGGUCACCAAACAGUUCUUAUCGAAGAGGUGGCCCAAGAGUACAAGGGGAAGCUCCAGGCAGCUUUGCAAAAGCUGAUGGCAGACAAGAAAGAAUUGGAGAACUGGAAAGAUGACCUUCAAAAGGAGAGAACUUUCUGGGAGAAUCAAAUACAGAAAGAUGUAGAAAAUGUUCAGAUGGAGUUUAGAAGACUGGGAGACAUCCUGGACUCUGAGGAGAAGAAUGAGGUGCAGAAGCUGAUGCAAGAGAAGGAAGCCAUUAUGAACAGCCUAGCAGAGUCUGAAAAUAAGCAUGCCCAGCAGAGCAAGUUGCUAGGAGACCUCAUCUCAGAUGUGGAGCGUCACUUGCAGUGCUCAACCAUGGAAAUGCUGCAGGGUGUGGAUGGCAUCAUAAAAUGGAGUCACAGUUUUUCACUCACGAAGUCCAAAACCAUCCCCAAGGAAGGAAGAAGAGUGUUCAGAGCCCCUGACCUGCGAGGCAUGCUGCAGGUGCUGCAAGAGCUCAUAGAGGCCCAACGCUACUGGGUUCAAGUGACACUCGUUAAGAACAACAAUCCAAACAUUGCCAUUACCGAGGACAAGAGACAAAUAAGAUAUGAAGACCGUCAAACAAGAAAUUUUGCGCCUGGGGGUGAGAGCUAUCAUGAAGGUGUUCUGGGCUACCCAGCUAUCCAGUCAGGAAAACAUUAUUGGGAAGUAGAUGUGUCUGGAAAAGGUGCCUGGGUUCUGGGGUUGAGUGAUGGAAGCUACCUCUUCAAUCCAGUAUUUCGUUCAAAUGCUGAAAGACGCCUAGAUCCCUUAUUUCGCUUGGGUAUUAGUAAUGAUUCACAUUAUCAACCUAAAUAUGGCUUCUGGGUUAUAGGGCUGUGGAACAAGUGCGUGUAUAAUGCCUUUGAGGAGUGUGCUUUCACACGCAAGCCCAGCGUCUUGACUCUGUCUCUGAUGGUCCCUCCCUGCCGUGUUGGCAUUUUCCUUGACUAUGCAGCUGGCACCCUCUCGUUUUACAAUAUUUCCCACCAUGGGACUCUCAUCUAUAGAUUCUGUGCAAAUUCCUUUCCUGAUAGGGUUUUCCCAUAUUUUAAUCCUAUGGGAUGUUCAGAGCCAAUGACAGUGUGCUGGUCAGACUCAUAAACCUUCAUCUGUUUCUGUGUAGGGCCUCUGGCUCUGGUGUGUAUCUCAUAUGCCUGAACUCCUGGACACCAUUUUACCCUUUAUUUUAUAUAUAUACCUAUAUAUAUAUUUUUUCUGUCUCUAGUCUUUCUCUGUGAACAUCUUUCACUGGUAAAUAGGAUAUAUUCAUUUCUUUGGGCCAUAUUCUUCAGAUCCUUGGGUUUUUUUUGUUUUUGUUUUUUUGGUGAGAAUAGUAAAUCAUUUCCCAUAUGUUCAAGGGCAAAUAUUUGAGUCCUCACUACGUAAGAUAACUCUGCUGCCAAAUUCUUCUUUUAUUCUCUAUGCCCAAGAUGAAUCCCAAGAACUGCACCACUGAGCCACUUGACUCCGUUAUAUCUCUAUAACCCCAUUCUACUCAUCAAUGCAAGAAGAUUAAAGAAAGUCCUUUAACAACUUGUCCAUUCAUUUUGAAAAUUAUAUGUAGGAGUUCAUGGUUAAAAAAUGCACCCAUGCGGGCCAGUAAUGGUGCACACCUUUAAUCCCAACACUUGGGAGACAGAGGAUCUCUGUAAGUUCGAGGCUAGCCUGGUCUACAGAGCUUGUUCCAGGACAGCUAAGGCUACACAGUGAAACCCUGUCUUGAAAAACAAAAACAACAAAAAAGAAGUGCACCCUUAGAGUAGGCUGUUUUCACCAUGAUGCUUCUUCAUCAAGGAAUUAAGGAGAGAACAUCACAAAUGAUACACACUGAAGUAGAUGGUGUGCUCACUUAGGCAGCAUGUCUACCAAAAGUAGAAUGAUAACAGAAAAUUAAUACAACCCCUGCCCAAGGAUGACACACAAAUUCAUGCUGUUCCUUUUGUUUGUUUGUUUUUGUUAUUUGUUUUUCGAAACAUGGUUUUUCUGUAUAGCUCUGGUUGUCUUGGAACUCUCCUUGUAGAUCAGGCUGGCCUCGAACUCAGAGAGAUCUGCCUGCCUCUGCCUCCCAAGUGCUGGGAUUAAAGCCAUGUGACACCACUGCCUGGCACAUGUUCCAUAUUUUUGAAGAACAUUAAUGUCCUAAAACAGAGAGAGAGACAGACAAACAUACACACACACACACAGAGACAGAGACAGAGACAGAGAACGACAGAAAGAGAUUGAGAGAGAGAGAGUAAACCAUGUGUAUCCAGAGGACUUAAGUUAGAGUCCUGGUUCUAAACAUGCCAGCAGUCCCAGCAUGAAUAACAUACUUAACAGAUGUGCUUAUUCUUUUUUGUAUAUAAUUUUGCUGUAAAUACUGCAGGUGCCUCAAGCCAAUGUAAGAAAAUAAAUAUGAAGCUGGCAAUAUAGUUCAGUGGGUAAUAGACCUUGUCCCCAAGCCCGGGCACCUGAAUUUGAUCCCCUGAACCCAUACUCCUACAAUCUGUCUUCUGAAUUCCACACACAUGCUGUGGCAUAUAGAGGCCCAGACACAUACAUAAACACAAAAUAAACAAAUACAAUUUUCUAAUAAAAAGAAACUCGCUAAGUAUAGAGCAUCCACUGAAGUAUCUCAGUGUUUACUCUGUUAAUUACCGUAAGAUAUACACUGUAUUAUAGUGUCCCAUGAAGCCACGGGCAAAUGGGGAACAAGGAUUGCUUUCCCCAAGUCUUGAUUCCUAGUCCCUAGAUAACUACUAUCAUGAUCUGAUCACUCUAGGUUUCUCAUGGCUAUUGUAUGCUUCUUUUUUUUUCACACUUAAGGGUAAUUUUUGUGUUGUCAUAUAUUGGUCCUUAUCGAGUACUAAAUUUUGUGAUUUUCAGAUUAUUUUUAGUAAUAAUGACAAUACUGGCAAAUUUAUCUUUCACUGUAUAGUAAAACAUAAACAACAGAGUAUUACUAGGGACUUGCCUUGUCUCAGCAGUCCAGUAUGGUGUCUUAUUCCAUUGGGGGGGGGGGGCACGGUCCUUAUCACUGUGACUAAAAUAAAUGAUUAUUAAGAUGUGUAUCAGAACUUUGUGUGGUAGCACAUCUGUGCCAUCCCUGCACCUGGGGGAGUUGUGGCAGGAGGAUUGCUAUGCAUUUGAAGGCAGGCUCAUACAGAGUAAGACUCCAUUAAGAAAAUAAAGAAUAUAUAUUGCUUUACUUCAAAAUCACUACUCUACUUUGUUUUAAGAAAUGGAAUAACUAGAUUGCAAAAUCCCAGAUUUUUUUUUCUGUUUUCACUAUUUGUAAAUGUUUCUGUUUGUUAAAAAUAAAUAUUCUUAACUUCA